AGGAGACCGGCCCAUGGACCCGCGGGGCCCGGCGCCCCAGACGCUGCGCCGCCGGGACCGAGCCCAAGAUGUCGGCCUAGGCCGGGGCGCGACGACGCGGACGGGGCGGCGACGAGGCGCCGCUGCUGCCCGGGCUCGCGGUCGCGGGGCCGCCGAGGGCUCGCCCUGACGGACUGGCCGAGCGGGCGGCGAGAGGUCGGCGCGCUGGGAGCGGGCCGCGCGGCACCAUGUCGGCCAAGGUGCGGCUCAAGAAGCUGGAACAGCUGCUCCUGGACGGGCCCUGGCGCAACGAGAGCGCCCUGAGCGUGGAGACGCUGCUCGACGUGCUCGUCUGCCUGUACACCGAGUGCAGCCACUCGGCCCUGCGCCGCGACAAGUAUGUGGCCGAGUUCCUCGAGUGGGCUAAACCGUUUACGCAGCUGGUGAAGGAAAUGCAGCUUCAUCGAGAAGACUUUGAAAUCAUUAAAGUGAUUGGAAGAGGUGCCUUUGGCGAGGUUGCAGUUGUCAAAAUGAAGAGCACUGAACGAAUUUAUGCAAUGAAGAUCCUCAACAAGUGGGAAAUGCUUAAAAGAGCAGAGACAGCCUGUUUCCGAGAGGAGCGCGACGUGCUGGUCAACGGCGACUGCCAGUGGAUCACCACGCUGCACUAUGCCUUCCAGGACGAGAACCACCUGUACUUAGUCAUGGAUUACUAUGUGGGUGGUGAUUUGCUGACCCUGCUCAGUAAAUUUGAAGACAAGCUGCCAGAGGACAUGGCGAGAUUCUACAUCGGUGAGAUGGUGUUGGCCAUCGAUUCCAUCCAUCAGCUGCAUUACGUGCACAGGGACAUUAAACCUGACAAUGUCCUUUUGGACGCGAAUGGUCAUAUUCGCCUGGCUGACUUUGGAUCGUGUUUGAAGAUGAAUGAUGAUGGAACUGUCCAGUCGUCUGUGGCCGUGGGCACCCCCGACUACAUCUCGCCGGAGAUCCUGCAGGCAAUGGAGGACGGCAUGGGCAAGUACGGCCCCGAGUGCGACUGGUGGUCCCUAGGGGUGUGCAUGUACGAAAUGCUGUACGGAGAGACACCGUUUUAUGCAGAGUCACUCGUGGAGACCUAUGGAAAGAUCAUGAACCAUGAAGAGCGAUUCCAGUUCCCGUCCCACGUCACAGAUGUGUCCGAAGAGGCGAAGGACCUCAUUCAGAGGCUGAUCUGCAGCAGGGAGCGCCGUCUGGGGCAGAACGGGAUCGAGGACUUCAAGAAGCACGCGUUCUUUGAAGGUCUGAACUGGGAGAAUAUUCGAAACCUGGAAGCACCUUACAUCCCAGAUGUCAGCAGCCCUUCUGACACGUCCAACUUCGAUGUGGAUGAUGACGUGCUGAGAAAUACUGAAAUAUUGCCUCCUGGUUCCCACUCAGGCUUUUCUGGAUUACAUUUGCCAUUCAUUGGUUUUACGUUCACAACGGAAAGCUGUUUUUCUGAUCGAGGCUCUCUGAAGAGCAUAAUGCAGUCCAACACAUUAACCAAAGAUGAGGACGUGCAGCGGGAUUUGGAGAAUAGCUUGCAGAUUGAAGCUUAUGAAAGAAGAAUACGGAGACUCGAGCAGGAGAAACUGGAGCUGAGUAGGAAGCUGCAAGAGUCCACACAGACAGUUCAGUCCCUUCAUGGUUCAACUCGUUCCCUGGGAAAUUCAAACCGAGAUAAAGAAAUCAAAAAGCUAAAUGAAGAAAUAGAGCGCUUGAAGAAUAAAAUAGCAGAUUCAAAUAGGCUCGAACGACAACUUGAGGAUACAGUGACCCUUCGCCAAGAGCACGAAGACUCCACACAUCGGCUGAAAGGACUAGAAAAGCAGUACCGCGUGAUGCGGCAGGAGAAGGAGGACUUUCACAAGCAACUGGUUGAAACUUCAGAGAGAUUAAAAUCCCAGGCCAAAGAACUCAAAGAUGCCCACCAGCAGCGGAAGCUGGCUCUGCAGGAGUUCUCGGAGCUCAGCGAGCGCAUGGCGGAGCUCCGCUCCCAGAAGCAGAAGGUGUCCCGGCAGCUCCGGGACAAGGAGGAGGAGAUGGAGGUGGCCCUGCAGAAAACGGAGGCGAUGCGACAGGAAGUGCGCCGAUCCGAGAAGGCCAGGAAGGAGCUGGAGGCUCAGCUCGAGGACGCCAUCGCCGAGGCCUCUAAGGAGCGCAAGCUUCGCGAGCACAGCGAGAGCUUCUCCAAGCAAAUGGAAGGCGAGCUCGAGGCCCUCAAGACAAAGCAAGGAGGCCGGGGGCCUAGUGCCACCUUAGAACACCAGCAAGAGAUUUCUAAAAUAAAAUCGGAGCUGGAGAAGAAAGUUUUGUUUUAUGAAGAGGAAUUGGUCAGACGUGAAGCCUCCCAUGUGCUAGAAGUCAAAAAUGUGAAAAAAGAGGUGCAUGAUUCAGAAAGCCACCAGUUGGCCCUGCAGAAAGAAAUCUUAAUUCUAAAAGAUAAAUUAGAAAAGUCAAAGCGAGAACGGCAUAAUGAAAUGGAGGAGGCAGUAGGUACAAUAAAAGAUAAAUACGAACGGGAAAGAACAAUGCUAUUUGAAGAAAACAAGAAAUUAACUAGUGAAAAUGAAAGGCUUUGUUCCUUUGUGGAUAAACUAACAGCUCAAAAUAGGCAGCUGGAAGAUGAACUUCAGGAUCUGGCAGCCAAGAAGGAGUCGGUCGCCCAUUGGGAAGCUCAGAUCGCGGAAAUCAUUCAGUGGGUCAGCGACGAGAAAGACGCACGGGGCUAUCUUCAAGCCCUUGCUUCCAAGAUGACCGAAGAGCUGGAGACUUUGAGGAGUUCUAGUCUGGGAUCAAGAACACUGGACCCGCUUUGGAAGGUCCGCCGCAGCCAGAAGCUGGACAUGUCUGCGCGGCUGGAGCUGCAGUCCGCCCUGGAGGCCGAGAUCCGGGCCAAGCAGCUGGUGCAGGAGGAGCUGAGGAAGGUCAAGGAGGCCAACCUCGCCUUCGAAAGUAAACUAAAGGAUUCUGAAGCCAAAAAUAGAGAAUUAUUAGAAGAAAUGGAAAUUUUGAAGAAAAAGAUGGAAGAAAAAUUUAGAGCAGAUACCGGGCUCAAACUCCCCGACUUUCAGGAUUCUAUUUUUGAGUAUUUCAACACUGCACCACUUGCACAUGAUCUGACAUUUAGAAGCAGCUCGGCCGCUGAGCAAGAGGCACAGGCCCCGAAGCCAGAAGUGUCGCCGUCGGUCCCCGGGCCCGCGGGCCGAGACCCACAGGAAGACCCGGCUCGGGCCCUCCAGAGGCCGCCCACUGCACCGCUGCCCAGCGCACAGGCCCUCGCUCUGGCUGGACCAAAGCCGAAAGCACACCAGUUCAGCAUCAAAUCCUUCUCCAGUCCCACUCAGUGCAGCCACUGCACCUCCCUGAUGGUCGGGCUGAUCCGACAAGGCUACGCCUGUGAGGUGUGUUCCUUUGCUUGCCACGUCUCCUGCAAAGACAGCGCCCCCCAGGUGUGCCCAAUCCCCCCCGAACAGGCCAAGAGACCCCUGGGGGUGGACGUGCAGCGAGGCAUCGGGACCGCCUACAAGGGCUACGUCAAGGUCCCGAAGCCCACCGGGGUGAAGAAAGGAUGGCAGCGGGCGUACGCAGUGGUCUGUGACUGCAAGCUCUUCCUGUUCGAUCUGCCUGAGGGGAAAAGCACCCAGCCUGGCGUGGUGGCCAGCCAGGUCCUGGACCUCAGAGAUGAAGAUUUUUCUGUGAGCUCAGUCCUAGCUUCAGAUGUCAUACAUGCCACACGCCGAGAUAUUCCAUGUAUAUUCAGGGUGACAGCCUCUCUCCUAGGCACACCUCCUAAGACCAGCUCGCUGCUCAUCCUAACAGAAAAUGAGAACGAAAAGAGGAAGUGGGUGGGGAUUCUGGAAGGCCUGCAGUCUAUCCUCCACAAAAACAGGCUGCGGAGUCAGGCUGUGCACGUCCCGCAGGAGGCCUACGACAGCACGCUGCCCCUCAUCAAGGCCGUGCUGGCCGCUGCGAUCGUGGAUGGAGACAAGAUUGCAGUGGGUCUGGAGGAGGGGCUGUACGUCAUCGAGAUUAACCGGGAUGUGAUCAUCCGUGCUGCCGACUGUAAGAAAGUCUACCAGAUCGAGCUUGUUCCCAAAGAGAAGAUUGUCGUCCUGCUCUGUGGCCGCAACCACCACGUGCACCUCUACCCCUGGUCUUCCCUGGAGGGAGCAGAAGGCAGCUUGGACAUCAAGCUCCCAGAAACAAAAGGCUGCCAGCUCAUGGCGACGGCAACGCUGAGGAGGAGUUCUUCGACCUGCCUGUUUGUGGCCGUGAAACGACUGAUCCUUUGCUAUGAGAUCCACAGAACUAAGCCUUUCCACCGGAAGUUCAGUGAGAUGGUGGCCCCGGGAGCCGUGCAGUGGAUGGCCGUGUUCAAGGACAAGCUCUGUGUUGGCUGCCCUUCGGGGUUCUCUCUGUUGAGCAUCCAGGGGGACGGGCAGUCCCUAAACCUGGUAAAUCCCAAUGACCCCUCGCUUACGUUCCUCUCCCAGCAGUCUUUUGAUGCCCUUUGUGCUGUGGAGCUCAAAAAUGAGGAGUACCUGCUUUGCUUCAGCCACAUGGGACUGUACGUGGACGCGCAAGGCCGGAGGUCCCGCGUGCAGGAGCUCAUGUGGCCCGCGGCUCCUGUCGCCUGUAGUUGCAGCUCCUCGCACGUCACCGUGUACAGCGAGUACGGCGUGGACGUGUUCGACGUGAACACCAUGGAGUGGGUGCAGACCAUCGGCCUGCGCAGGAUCCGGCCCCUGAACGCGGAUGGCAGCCUCAACCUCCUCAGCUGCGAGCCCCCGCGCCUGGUCUACUUCAGGAGCAAGCUCUCGGGGGCCCUGCUCAAUGUGCCUGACACCUCAGACAACAGCAAGAAGCAGAUGCUGCGCACCAGGAGCAAAAGGCGGUUUGUGUUCAAGGUGCCGGAGGAGGAGCGCCUGCAGCAGCGGCGAGAGAUGCUCCGAGACCCAGAGCUGAGGUCCAAGAUGAUCUCCAACCCGACCAACUUCAACCACGUGGCCCACAUGGGGCCCGGCGACGGCCUGCAGGUCCUCAUGGACCUCCCGCUGAGCGCUGUGCCCGCACAGGAGGAGCGGCCUGGCCCCACGCCCACCGGCCUAGCCCGGCAACCCCCGCCCAGGAACAAGCCGUACAUCUCGUGGCCCUCAUCAGGUGGGUCGGAGCCUGGAGCGGCCGUGCCUCUGCGGAGCAUGUCAGACCCCGACCAGGACGUCGACAAGGAGCCCGACUCGGACUCCACCAAGCACUCGACUCCGUCUAACAGCUCCAACCCCAGCGGCCCGCCGAGCCCAACCUCCCCGCACCGGAGCCAGCCACCCCUCGAGGGCCUGGAGCCGCCCGCCUGCGACGCCUGAGGCCGCGCGCCUGCCAGCCCGUCCAGGAAAUGUAGAAUCGACUUGUAGAUAUGAAGAUGAAGACAAAUGUUUAUUGUAAUAAUGAUUUCUAUUCGCGGCGGGAGUCCCCACCGCCUGCACAGCCAGGAGCCGAUGCUGUUCCGUUUGCACACGAAGGCCCGGCGCCCAGGGGGGGCCUCAGACAGAAGGCAGCCCCCGCCAGGAGACAGGCCACUCAGGACCUGCCGCAGCCCAUCCUCUUCCCCGCUUCCUAGGACCCCAGGAGAGCAGUCGGAAGCUGGCUGUCAUCCCAGUGUCUAGAACUGGAAAACCAGGGAAAGCCAGGCCGGGUGGCCUCUGCCUGCAGCCAGUGUGUGUUUGCUGCAGGGGUCUUGCUGCCGACCCUCAGGCUGGGGUCAGGCCCACUGCCCUGAGGCCCCCAUCCCGAGUCCAGUGUGUCUGCCCCCCCAGCCCCAGGCCCAGCCCCUGCGUCUCACCAGGACCCUCUGCCGGGAGCCCACUGCCUCCUCGCUGCUUUCCCUCCUUCCAUGGCGCCUGCUCUCUGGCAUCUGUGACCCAGCGCAGGCAGGCCCUGGGGUGCUGGGGGCGAGGUGCUGGGAAGCCCACCCGCAUGGAGCCCCAAUGACCAGUAGCCCAGCGUCCAUCAAGUAGAAAUCCCACCACGCUCCUGCCCACGAGCGUCCUGUGUCACACUGCAUGUCAAGUCUGCGGCCCUGGCGCCCGAGGCCUGUCGCAAGCGGCCAGCAGAUACAGCUCGUGACACAGAUACAGCCCGAGACGCAGGCACGGUCCCCGACCAGCCUCUCCCUGCUCCCACAGGGACAUCCUCGACACAGCUGUACAGGACGUACACUUGGCGCGAGUCGGCACUGAGUGGCACCGCUGGGCCUGGACCCUGCCACCCCACGCCCUCCCGGGCCUCUGCUGGGGCUGGCACCUGCGGGGGGUUCUGGGUUUUACUUUUUUAAUGUAAGUCUGAGUCUUUGUAAUUAUUGAAUUGUGAGAACAUUUUUGAAAAAUCCACCUGUCAAUAAAGCAAAGAUGGCCGUUUUAACGUUCUCA